AACAAUUUAAUUGUUACCUGUCAUCAAACAAAUAAUUAUAAAACUGAGUAUUACAAUUAAUAUUGUGAACGUACACAACACUUUGUAUAAUUAGUUCACAAGCUAUUAAAGAACCUAUAAAAAUAUAUAUUUAAUAAAGUUUCAAUCAAAUAUUUACAGUGUCAAUAAAGCUACACUGCUAAUUUAUUUAUUUUUACGCAAUUGUCUUGUAAUAAAACAAAUAAAAUACUAUUUUUUACAGAAAAGGAAAAUUGAAUAAAAUAAAGUGUUUAAAAAAUAAUUCAAUCAUUAUAUUUAAAAAGUUUUAUCUGAAGUAAAGUCACAAAUAAGUUUAAAGUUUUGCUAGUGAAAGUCAUGUCGAAAGUUUUAGAUGCUCUUAAUAAUACUUACAAUGAGUUUUACUACGUUAAUAAAGAUCCACGAGCGACUGGAAAAAUACUCUUAGAAAGUCCUCCGACAACAAUAAUGCUGUUAAUCUUGACAUACUUAGCUGUGAUUAGUGUUGGUCCAAAAAUUAUGAAGAAAAGAAAAGCAGUUGAAUUAAAAGGGAUUCUUGUGGUUUACAAUCUUGUCCAAGUAAUUGUCAAUUUUGCAUACACGACUAUGCUUGUAAUUGUAAUGAAAAAUCGAGGUCAACCAUUGAUUGGAUGUCACAAAAUAUCAUACAGUGAUCAAGUUUCUUGGAACUUUUUCUAUGGAUAUUUUUUGAUCAAAAUACUUGAUUUUACUGACACUAUCCUUAUAAUCUUAAGAAAAAGCGAACGACAAUUAACGCUUCUGCAUUGCUACCAUCACAUUAGCAUCCUUAUUGUAGCAUAUUUCUUUCCGAUGUGGUUUACAUCUGCAAUACCUUUAUUUGGAACAUUUUUGAAUUCAUUGAUUCAUUUAUUUAUGUACUCAUACUAUCUGACGAGUGCUAUGUUCCCAAAAUGGCAAAAGCUGAAAUGGAUUAAAAUUAUUUUGACAAAAUUACAAAUACUUCAAUUCAUUGUUGGAGUAGCAUUGAUUGAAUAUUAUUACUGGACAAAUCCUUCAUGUCAUGUUCCAAACUUUUUUCAUUAUUUUAUGAUUUCUUACCUUAGCAUAUUCAUUUACAUGUUCGUUAGUUUUUAUAGAAAAACAUAUUUUAAAAAUCUAGACAAACAAAAGUUAAAAUGA